AUGAAUGAAGAAAAGAAUCUUUAGUUUACAAAAAUACCAGAAUAAAAGAAAAACAAAGCUAACGAUACUUUUUAAUUAUUAGCUAAAUGGUGUGAUUUUAGAAAUAUAAUAGGUUUUAUUUCCUUUAUUAGAGAAUAAUUGAUAUAGAACUUAGAUGGAGCUAAAAAUUAAGGAAAAUUCGAUUAAAUAUUUAAUUAUAUUCUUGAUGGUUUUUCCAAAAAUCCGAGUAUGAAACAUGAGCAUUUAAUACCUAUAAGCUAUUCUUUAAUUAGAGAUUCUUUACAAUUAAUAGCUUAAACAAAAGUCAAAGAAAGACUUCUUGAUACCACAAUUAAAGACGAAAUUGAAACAAAAGAUAAAAAAGUAUUUAAUUUAGCCAAGAAAUAUGAAAUACUAGAAACUACAGCUCAAAAUAAAUCUAUAUUUAAGCACAUAUAGGAUGAUAAAAAGCGAAGUGAUGUAAGAAUAGGCUAUACACUAUCAACUUUUGGGUUAAAAAUGUGCAUUAUAGGCAUAAAAAGUAACAUUUUUGCUCCAGAAAAGAUCGAAAACGAUGAAUAUUCAUAUGAUUAAGGGAAGAUGGUUGUUUUUGAGGUUUUAAUGAUUAUUAUUAAAAAUUUCCCUGAAAAUAUUAUUUAGUUUUUCGGAGAGAUUCUUAUUGCUAAAGCUUAUUAUAAUAAAACAUAAAUUGAAAAUAUUGUUGAAUUAAUAAAUUUCUUUGGUUAAUAGUUAAAUGAGAAAAAAGAACUAAAAUAAUAUUUUUGCUAUAGAAGAAUUUAAAAAAUUUGUUGA